AAAAAGAAAUUACCUGUGCCGUCAUUUUGUACUCUUUUUCCUUAAUUCAUGCUUUUUAAUUUAUCGAAGUGGCAUUCCUAUUAUUAUAACUGAGCUGCUUUAAAAAAUUUGGCUUCCGUAAACAACUUUGCUUUAUUGAUUAGCACCUCUGCACUUGUUUUUCCUUUUAUUUUAAAACAACGGCAACAAUUUCAAUUUCAAAUGUGCAACCAUCGUUCUUCAUCUUCCAUUGCCCCACUUAUCAAAUUUUGCCACAAAUUAUUUCAAGGAGUGACCACCGGCCGUUCACCACCAUGGCAGUAGUCUCUUUGCCUCUGGCAAAGCCAGCUAUUUUUCUCAAAAACAGCGGCAUCUUCUUUUUCAAGAGGACCAAUCGUUCAUUCCCCAAGAUCAGAGGCAGCUAUUCAUCCCCUUGUUUCUUCACCGGUGGCAGCAGCUCACCUGAAGACCACGGCAACAGCUUUCCUCUAAGAACGAUCGGUUCUCAUCUUCUGGCCACGGCGACAACAGGUCCCUCCGGUUUGGCCACGGCGACAGCGGGUCUUCCUUUCUCCACGCCGACGUUUUCAGCGGCUUCUAUGGUACCAGCUCCAGGUGUGGCGGCUUUCUUGCCAUCGCCGGUUUUCAUGUCACCAGCGGCUGCCACCUCGCUGGUGUCUUUAUUAGCAGCAGCGCCGUCUCGCACACCCAGCAGCAGAGGCCUCUUCCAGCACCAGCGACCUCUUAGCGGAUUCGUCGCCAGCGAACCCAGCCAGCUCCUCGCCAGCAGCCACGACGUCUCACGCACCCAGCAGCUCGCCAACCAGUUCAGCGGCUCCGGCUCAGUUCCUACAGAUUUGGAGACGGCGGGUUCCUUCUUGGAAGCGGCGGCGGUAUCUUAUCCUCCCCCCAGCUGCCGUCAGCCAUUAGCAGCUAUCUCCAUUGACAACAGCCGACAGCAACCCAGCGGAAGUCAGUAGCAACGGGUCAACAACCAGCUUCUGCCGUCCAGCAGUUCUCCGGUGUGUGCAGGAUGAAGUAAAUGGCAUUGUUGACUCUAGAGAUCAUGCCUUUUCAAAUUUCAGCCUUUGCAUGUCGCCAUCCGAGAGAUACAUCACGACAUGAAUUUAUAGGCCGUUUUUUUAGAGUUUGUGAAAGUGAAGUCCGUUUGCCGAUAAUAAUGAGAUAAGCUGAAAUGUAGCAUCUUUUUUCAAAUUUUCCUCCAUUUCACUUGUCGCACCCUGCUCAGAACUCUUCCACCAACUUUGAUACUAUUUAGCAGCAUUUGUAUAUCGAACUAGUCAAGUAGUGAUAGUUGUAAUAAUUUAGUACCUUUUGAAAGUUGUUGGAUGAUGUUCCUUCUAUUAAUCUCAGAGGAUAUUUUUCUCACA